GUUGCAGAUUUGAAAUCAUAAAUGUGACAGUGGAUUUCUGGACGGAUACAAUUAGGUAGGUUUACACCAGAUGCAGUUGAGAAGAUUACAGAAUUUCAGGCAGUUAUAUAAAUACUUACAUACUUCAGAGAUGAGUGUCGAAGAAUCUAAGAAGAAAGCGGCAUUUGCUGCAGUAGACAACCAUGUUAAACCAAACCAGAUUGUGGGGGUUGGAAGUGGUUCUACCAUUGUAUACGCAGUCCAGCGGUUAGCCGCAAGGGAGAAGGAAGAAGGAUUAAACAUUAGAUGUGUUCCUACCUCCUUCCAGGCCCGUCAGCUAAUCCUAGAUGCCGGUCUCAACCUUUCAGAUCUAGAACGGGAAUCUCAGAUAGAUAUAACUAUCGAUGGAUGUGAUGAAAGUGAUGUAAACCUAACCCUGAUCAAGGGUGGUGGGGGAUGUUUAACCCAGGAGAAGAUAGUAGCUGCUAACUCCAGGGAGUUUGUUGUAAUCGCAGAUUACAGAAAGAAUUCCGCUUCUCUAGGAGAACAGUGGAAAUAUGUUCCUAUUGAAGUUGUUCCCUUUGCAUGGAAGCAGGUUAAAAGUAAAAUAGAACAGGAAUUGGGCGGAGAGGCGAAAUUGAGAAUGGCUAAAGCAAAAGCAGGGCCUGUAGUGACGGAUAACUCAAUGUUUCUGUUAGACUGGUAUAUGGGGGACCAGGCAAGGGACUGGUUUACUGUCAAUCAGAGGAUAGUUACUAUUCCAGGAGUUCUGGAGACUGGUUUGUUUGUAAACAUGGCGCAGAAAGCGUACUUCGGGCUGGAGAAUGGAACAGUUCUGGAAAAAGCAAAACCAGUUUGAACCCACAUGUAGAUUCACCUGCUUCAGUGUGUAGUAGCUAUUCCCAAUAAAACCCGUUCUUCCGCUAGCUGUGAAUGCAUUUAUGCCACGUUUUAAUUCUCAAUACUCAUGUAUAUGAAUUUUAUUUACAAUUGAAAUAUAUUUUUGCAAAGCUUCUAA